AUGGGUCGUCGAGGAAGAAGAGAUAAGCCCAAGAGAGGUCGUGAUACCGCCGGCUGGGAAGAUGGAUACAAGGAGAUUGCGAAGGAGAAUGAGAGAUUUGUUGAAUACUACAAAGGCCAGGGCAUUGUCCCAGAGGAAGAAUGGGACGAGUUUUUCACCGCCUGCAAGGCCCCGCUGCCAGUCACUUUCCGCAUAACCGGCACCAGCGAGCAUGAUCCCACAAAGAUCAGAGACGCUCUCUUGAACGAGUACAUUCCCUACCUCAAGGGUAUCGUCUGGGACGGCGAGGAAGUGCAGCCUCCUAGUCCGCUACCUUUCUAUCCAGAUGAGCUUGCCUGGCAGAUUCGAGUUGGCAAGACGGUCAUUCGCAAGAGUGCACCUUUCUCCAGAUUCCAAAAGUUCCUUGUCUCGGAGACCGAAGUUGGAAACAUCUCACGUCAGGAAGCAGUGUCGAUGAUCCCCCCUCUUCUCCUUGACGUCAAGCCCGAACACACCGUUAUUGACAUGUGCGCUGCGCCCGGAUCCAAGACCGCCCAAAUCAUCGAAGCUCUCCACGCCGUUCCCGAGCCGACGGGUCUCGUCGUCGCCAACGAUAAGGACUACAAACGUGCGCACAUGCUGAUCCACCAAGUCAAGCGUCUCAACUCGCCCAAUCUGGUCAUCGUCAGUCAUGACGCCAAACUUUUCCCGCGCAUCGCAAUCUCUGAGACCCACGAAGCCUCAGGCCGCGUGAUCCCAACCUACCUGAAGUACGACCGCGUCCUCUGCGAUGUGCCUUGCUCAGGUGACGGCACCAUGCGUAAGAACAUUAACGUGUGGAGAGAUUGGAACACGGGCAACGGUGCCGGACUUCAUAACACCCAGUAUGAGAUCUUGGUGCGAGGUCUUCACCAUCUCAAGGUUGGCGGAAAACUUGUGUACUCGACAUGCUCUCUCAACCCGAUCGAAAACGAAGCCGUUGUCGCCCGCGCUCUGCGCGACUGGAAGGGAUGUGCUAAGCUUGUCGACUGCAGCAAUGAGCUGCCUCAGCUUAUUAGAAGACCCGGUAUGACCGACUGGAAGGUUAUGGGCAAAGACAAGGAGUGGGCUACUGCGCCCACUAGCCGUAUCUCCGAGCACUUCUUCCCCAAGGAUGAUCUCAAGGAGCUUGGAAUUGAGCACUGCAUGAGAGUUUAUCCUCACCUCCAGGAUACUGGUGGUUUCUUCAUUACUGUUUUUGAGAAGACUGCAGAGUAUACCGAUGCUGCUGUGAAAGCCAAGCGCAAAGCCGAGGAGGAGCUAUCGUCCGCAGACGCUAAGAAGCAAGCUGUCGAGACUACGACUGAGGCUUCUGAGAGUCCUGCUCCGGUCGCUGUCGCCGAGGAGACCACUACCGAGGCUGAAAUCACUGAGGUUGAGGCACCCGCUGCACCAGUUGCUCCUGUAGUAGCUGCCAAGUCGUCAGAGGAUGCCACUCCCAAGAAGGUGCGCCUGCCUCGUGAUGCCAACGAGGAGCCGUUCAAGUUUCUGGAUCCCGAUCAUCCUGCUCUUGAGGAGGUCUACAAGUUCUACACCAUCUCUGCUGACUUCCCUCGGGAGUCGUUGCUGGUCCGUAACGCCUCUGGUGACCCGAUGCGGUCUAUCUACUACGUUCAUCCGAACGUUAGACCUGUCAUCACGCUUAACGAGAAAAGGCUCAAGCUGUUGCAUGCUGGCGUCAAAGUAUUCACGAUCCAAAAGACGUUGGAAGGUGUGUGCCCUUGGCGCGUGCAGUCCGACGGACUCUUCCUGCUCUACAGACACAUAGCAGAGCAGGAGAACGGCCGGAAAUGCCGAACCGUCGUCGCAAGCAAAGAAUUCCUGUUCCUUUUGUGCGAGCACAUCUUCCACAGAAUCGAGCUCAUCAAGGAUGAGAACGUGCGCACGCAGAUCGAGGGUAUCUCGGAAGGCUGCAUGUUUUUGGAAGUCGAUCUCGAGGACGGACGCAAGCCUGUCAUCUACCCCAUGUGGCGCGGAAAGAUGUCCACGAACCUCAUGCUGGCGAAGCAGGAUACUCAGGAACUGAUGCUGCGCGUGUUCAAGGUGCACCCUGAAGCUCCUGCUGCUGAGACUGCUGAGAAGGCGGAGGCUAGUGAGAAGGUUGCGGAGGACGUUAAAGAGGAGGCUGAGGUUGCGACUGAAGUUGCUGCGGAGGAGGCUGCGGAAGAACCCGCUGUAGCUACAGAGUAA